AUGCAGUACGAAAUAUUGCAGACAAGUUGGUUCAGUUUGGAGUUCCAACAAAGAACGUCGGCCCGUUCAGAGUCUGAUUCAAACAAAUUCCUAGUUGAUCUAGGAAAAGUCGACCGUUCACAUACGUAUUCGUCGCUGGAGAAAAUGAUGGUGGAGGUGGAUGAAGGAACGGCGUCCGACGAAGUCAGCAAGGCUGUUCGGCAAUAUAAUUGCCACGAAAACUGCCUGUACAGUUCGCAAAAAAUGGCGAUUCUGGUUCUAGAGGGUACCGACGAACCUACCAUCCUGCUGGGUACCAGUGCGAUGUUAGCGCAAAUCCUGCCGAAAAUCAAGAAGGAGGUGGCAAUUCUCAUUAUUGAUGAGGGCGGAACGACCAACACCACUACAGCAGUCACUACUCUGCUGGCUGCGUACGACUGCAAUAGAGUUCUUGUUGUCGGAGAUCAGUUCCAGCUAUGCUGCGCUUCAGACAACGCACGGGUCAAUUUGCGAAGAUUUAGUGAAGAAUCGGUACUUAACCUCCUUAUGAAGGAACACAGAGCGCUGAAUGGAACUGAGAUAUACAUACAGAUUCAGUGAACCGAUGGCCAGAAUGAUCAGCCACAAAAUCUACCAGGGUGCUUUGGCGUAUGCCGGCACGCGGGAGUCUCAUGGAGAGCUUCAACGAACACUGGGGACAUCUCAACCGAUAUCUCUACUCCACUGCGCUGCUGAAGAAAUCUCUACCACUCCGAGCUACACCAAUCCGCCUCAAAUUGAGGCGGCCUUCGCUCUUUCAGAGUUUCUGGCGGACAGAGUUCCAGAUGUGGCUUCUGGUCGUUUCAGCACUGCGGUAAUCUCAGCAUACGCCUCCUGCAGGCGAGACACGAUGGAGCCGUUGAACCGCUUCAGGCAACGGCACCCGAAAGUCAACUUGGUGGUUAAGACUGUGGAUGCCAGUCAGGGCAUGGAAUUCAGCCUCGUGCUGUUCCUAACGGUCCCAACUCGGUUGUUGGGGCUUCCUGAAAAAUAA